AUGCUCGGAGGGAGCUUAGAGCGAGAUUCCUCACCUUCAAAUUCCAAGGCGGCCACCGCAGAAGCGCCCAUGCCUAUCGCGACGAGCCACCCCGAUUCCAAUCCUGAAUCGUCGCCUCAGGACCAGCCCGCUAGCACCGAUGCGUCGCCUCCGUCCACCCAUCUAGAGCCCUCCAAUGCGGUUCAGGAGUCCGUCGCACCGGCUCAAGGCUCCGCCGGCGACUCGGCAGCCACCGCGGCGGAUGCACCGAAGAAACAACACACGCUGUUGCCCAUCCCGUCGCGUGCAUCGUUGAAGGCGGACCGACAAUCCACGCUGGACAAGAGCCAGGACACCGCUCACGAUGACUCCGAGAAUACUCUUCGCGGUUCCAAAAGAAGCAUAUUCAAGGGUCGGAGGGACCGGAGCAGAGGCAGCAGUAUGAGGUCGCGUCGGCAGAACCAGGAGGGGGCGAGUUUGGAGGAAGACAAGGCUGCCAGUCCAGACCUGCGUGAUCCGGCCAAGCCUGAACGGAGGAACAAGGUCUCGUACCGGCUGUUCGCCUUCUUGAGUUGCUGUUCCUCGACCAGCGAUGAUCCGGAAGAUCCUGCCAUCCCAGCGAAGAGGACUUCGAGACGGCCAUCGGUCCCAAGCCCGCAGCCCGCUCCGGAAAAGACGGACGCCACGGCUGGGGAUUCGAGCACCGCGGAAUCCAAGGAUCCGAGCUACUACCGGGACGAGAAACCCAACAUGACCGUGACCUCGAACCAGUCCAUGUCCCAGGUGGAUGAAGAGCGCACUGUGACCACGCCCGACCAAGGCUCGCAGCUCGACGGCACAGCAGUACCUUCUGGCUCACCGGAGCCCGGCCAUGAGCCAUCUUUGGCGCAGGACAAUGCCGACUCUCAGGGAUCUGGGGUCGGUCAGAGUACUCAACCUGCCGCCACACCCGCUGAAAGUGCGGUUACCAGCAAAACGGAUGAUUUCGUCCAGAGGACGGAAGAUCCAACCCCCCCAACGCCGACGGAGAAGUCUCCAGAUGCUGUGGGGACCGACGAAUUGCCCAAGCCACCAUCGUCGGAGACUAGCUAUGAGGAUGAGAAGUAUACUUCACAUGAUGAGGAGGCCACGGUGCUACCCGCCGAAUUACCUCCUCUGAUGGCUCCAUCCGGGAAUCACGCAGACACAAUAUUACAUGAUAUGCAGCAACAAUUCCUCUUGCCGCCGCCUCUUCCUCAUCUUCGAGACCGGAAGUGCUUGGUGCUCGACCUGGAUGAGACGCUAGUUCACAGUAGCUUCAAGGUUCUCGAACGUGCAGACUUUACCAUUCCGGUGGAAAUCGAGGGCCAAUACCAUAACAUCUAUGUGAUCAAACGACCUGGCGUCGAUCAAUUCAUGAAGAGGGUCGGCGAAUUAUAUGAGGUGGUUGUAUUUACCGCUUCGGUGUCCAAGUAUGGGGAUCCCCUCUUGGAUCAACUGGACAUUCACAACGUGGUUCACCACCGACUGUUCCGGGAUAGUUGUUAUAACCACCAAGGCAACUAUGUCAAGGUCAUGGGUCGCGACCUGCGCGACACGAUCAUCAUCGAUAAUUCCCCGACUUCCUAUAUAUUCCACCCUCAACAUGCGAUACCCAUCAGCAGCUGGUUCUCUGACGCUCACGAUAACGAGCUUCUUGAUCUGAUUCCUGUUCUCGAAGACCUUGCCGGGGCACAAGUGAAAGACCACCGCUCUUGGCAUCGUCAUACCUCCGAAUUGCUCCCGGCCUCACCACCACCAAAUCAAUACCUCAUCACCCACCCACCACGAUUUCCUCUCCUCUCCACCCACCCCACCCCUAACACCCCUGACAACAUCGCCACCAUGAAGGAUAAGAACGGUUGGGAUGGAAAGCUCCGCGUCGAGCCUAAAGCCAUCAUUACGAAUCCAGAAGCUCUGGAAGAUCCGGAUUACUCGGACUCGGAUGCGCCGCCGGUGGAGGAGAUUCAGGCUGAUGAGGAUUUAUUAGAAGAUGAGGAUCCGAAUGCAGAGAAAAUAUGCCUCCGACAGAACCAAAUCUCACGAAUCGAAUUCCCCACGACCGUCGCCAAAUCAUUAACGGAACUGGAUCUCUACGACAACCUGAUCUCGCAUGUCAAGGGCCUCGAUGAGUUUGAGAACCUGACGAGCUUGGAUCUGAGUUUCAAUAAGAUUAAGCAUAUCAAGAAUAUCGCGCAUUUGAUCAAGUUGACGGAUUUGUACUUUGUGCAGAAUAAGAUCUCGAGGAUAGAGGGCGUGGAGACGUUUACGGCGUUGAGGAAUUUGGAGUUGGGGGCGAAUCGGAUUCGGGAGAUUGAAAAUCUGGAUCAGUUGAAGGCGCUGGAGGAGCUGUGGUUGGGGAAGAACAAGAUUACGGAGUUGAAGAACCUCGAUGGUCUCUCCAACCUGCGCAUUCUAUCUAUCCAGUCGAACCGUCUUACGAGUAUCACUGGCUUGUCGAACUUGAAGAAUCUGGAGGAACUCUACGUCUCUCAUAAUGCGAUCACCGAUCUCAGUGGACUCGAGGAGAACACGUCGCUACGCGUGCUGGACUUUUCCAACAACCAGGUUUCCAAGCUGGAGCAUCUGGAGCAUCUGAAGAACCUGGAGGAACUGUGGGCGUCCAACAACCAGCUCUCGAGCUUCGAUGAGGUGGAGCGUCAACUCCGGGACAAGGAGAAGCUACAGACGGUGUACUUUGAGGGCAACCCAUUGCAGAUGAAGGCGCCGGCUCUGUAUCGGAAUAAGGUGCGGUUGGCGAUACCGCAUAUUAUGCAAGUCGAUGCGAGUGAGUACCUGCUUUGA